GGAGGUCAGACUUACCGUCAGACUUCUGCUGAAGUGCCCGCUGCCACCGCGCAGGCUCCCCUGCUCCCUCGCGUCCUUCCGGCGUCAGAUACUGCCUUCUUAAGCUCUGGAAGCCAUGGAGGAGCAGUCAGACCCCCUUGCUGCAGAAGAGCCACCGCCUCCUACUGUAGUGGUCUGCAACCAUGAAGGACCGCCCGUGGCCCAGCCUGCACCUCUCGUUUUCCUUGACUUGAAUGCAGAAGAGCGAAUGGAGAGAGGUUAUCCAGGGACUUCUGCAGGAGAGGGACCGGGAUCUGGUGCCAAUGCCACCGCCCAUGGGUCUUCACAGGAGCCCAGGAGCCCCUUCAUUAAUGGGGCGCAGGGGCUUCAUGGCACGCUGGAAUUCCAGAGGCUUCCACCUUCAAACCACCGUGUGGGACCGAUAAGAACAAGGAGGCGGGCUGCCUCCGCUCCCCGCAGGGCAAGGUCUGGAGGGUCUCAGAGGACAGGCAGUGCCAGAUCAAGAUCAUCUCUGGAAGCCUUCUUCCAAGUGAGCAGGACCCAGCCUCCCUUGCCAGCUGACUCUUACCCCGAGGCUAGCAAUCCUGCUUCUGAAGACUUGGAGGAGGAGUCAAGUAACUCCGGUUCAGACAGUGACAGCACCACUGCAGAGGAUGAAGAGGUUGUCCAAGGAGAGGAACCCAGAGCUGAUGUUUUGGGAGCUUCUGGAAAUGACCUGGCAGAGCCACCAGGAGGUCCCUCAGCAGAGCCAGAAGUUCUAUGUAUGGAUACAAAAGAGGAUCUUCCAAAACAGUCUCCCCCAAAGUCAAACCCUCUCCCCACUGCUGAGAUUGCGGAUGAUGAGGAUGGAGACACUUGUACAAUAUGUUUGGAGCAGUGGACCAAUGCUGGGGAACACCGGCUCUCAGCCUUGCGUUGUGGCCAUCUCUUUGGGUACACGUGCAUUUCGAAGUGGCUGAAAGGACAGACACGAAAAUGCCCCCAGUGCAACAAGAAAGCCAAGCACAGUGACAUCGUUGUCCUCUAUGCCCGAACCCUGAAAGCUGUGGACACUACUGAGCAGGAGCGCCUGAGAAAUUCCUUACUGCAGGAACAGAAGAUGAGGAAGCAGGCUGAGCUGGAAUCAGCACAGUGCCGCCUCCAGCUGCAGGUGCUCAGUGACGAAUGCACCAGGCUUCAUGGGCAAGUUCGGGAUCUACAAAAUCUCCUUGUAUGUCAUCAGGAUCAAAUUAUGCAGCUCCCCAAGCAUUCCCACGUACAUUCGCCAGGAUGCCUGCCCUCCAGCCAGAGCCAGGGUCAGCAUCAGUACCACUUCCAGAAAACCUUCUCAGUCUCUCACACCGGGAACUGCCGUAUCAUGGCUCACUGCGAGACCCUGAGCUGCCUGGUGGUCUCACAGCCUUCCCCACAAGCCUCCUUCCUGCCAGGCUUUGGUGUUAAGAUGCUGAGUACUGCCAACAUGAGGAGCAGUCAGUACAUUCCAAUGCACAGCAAGCAGAUCCGCGCACUGGCUUUCAGCAGUCGGUCCAAAGACUUGCUGCUCUCUGGUUCCCUGGACAGCACUCUUAAACUGACGAGCCUGGAGACCAAUACUGUGGUCCAAACCUACAAUGCUGGACGUCCUGUCUGGAGCUGCUGCUGGUGUCUUGAUGACCACAAUUACAUUUAUGCUGGCCUGGCCAACGGCUCGAUUCUCAUCUAUGACCUACGGAACACAGUCUCCCACAUCCAGGAGCUGGUGCCUCAGAAAGUCAGAUGCCCGCUGGUAUCCUUGUCGUACAUACCCAGAGCUGCCUCGGCUGUGUUCCCUUGUGGUGGGCUGCUGGCUGGAACCCUGGAGAAUGCGUCCUUCUGGGAGCUGAAAACAGGCUUUUCCCAUUGGCCUCACAUGCUGCCCUUAGAGCCAGGGGGCUGCACAGACUUUCAGACGGAGAGUAACACUCGGCACUGCCUCGUGACCUACAGGCCUGAUAAAAACCAUAACACCCAACGAAGUGUGCUGAUGGAGAUGUCUUACAGCCAGGAUGAUGCUGGAGAGCCGGUCUGCGUAUGCCGUCCAGUCCAAACGUUUUGUGGGGGGCCCACUUGCAAACUACUGACCAAAAAUGCCAUUUUCCAAAGCCCAAAGAAUAAUGGUAGCCUCCUGGUGUGUUCUGGUGAUGAAUCAUCAAAUUCAGCCCUGCUGUGGGAUGCCAGCAGUGGCUCCUUGCUGCAGAAACUGCGGGCAGAUCAGCCUGUCUUGGACAUCUGCCCAUUUGAGGUGAAUCAUCACAACUACUUGGCUACCUUGACAGAGAAGAUGGUCUACAUCUAUCGGUGGGGGUGACCAUCAGACUCACCGCUGGUUAUUGCUAACAGUAUCUGUGCCAGUUCCUAGCAGCCUCGAGCAAGCUCACUGCUUAUCACCUGCAACCUAGAACUGAUGAACUCAUGAUUUCUUUGGAUUGGCCUGAUUCUCGGACUUCAGGUCACAGAGACACUGUGAAAGGUGCCAGCAGCUGCAUCCAUCAAGAUGAAUGCCUGACCAGUCAUCCAUCCACAGUCUCCAUUUCAUGGGUUAAAGGCCUUUCUUAGUCUUUGUUGGGCUGGGUUAUCUUUCUAUUGGGUCUAACUUUCGCCUAGACCUCAGAGAAUGCCCUUCCAGCAUGUUACUUAGGUAGGGGUAUGCACCAGACAUUUUCUGGGGCAUUGGACCCUCUUGAGUGGUUCUGUCAGUUGGGCCCCUGAAGGGAUCUUAAUGUUACUUGGUGGGGUACUGUAGUCUCUUUAAUUGAACACAAGAGGGCACUACAGAACCUUCCAUAGGGCUUGAUUUGUUUCUGACCUCAGGCUGACCACCGGUCUGGAGCCUUGGUCUCUCAUCCCGAGUCUGUGACAGGACAUACGGCCUGCUCUGUGGUGGUCAACAGUGAAGUUCCAGACAUGCCGUGCUGGGGAAUUGGCAAACCCAUGGUGGCAUUAAGUCCAACCCAUUCUGAGAACCAAGCAUUCCAAAGGAUGCAUUUAUUCCCCUUGGACAGCUUAGGAUCUCAGGAAUGGUUUUACAGACGCUCAGGAUUUGAAGACCACUAUUUCCCCCUCUAGGGAAAGAUGAGCCAUGCAUCAAAACACUGACUGGAAUCUUUUCAUGGGAACCGAGUAGGGACUGAGAGAGGGCAUCCCACAGAGGAGCCUGACUGCUCCUCCUGCUCGAGAGCAGAGGGCUUUCUCACGGAAUGAAGCCCGAGAGGGAGGAGCACCUCAGAUUGCUCUCCUGCCUCCACGCCUCCAUCGUUUUACCAGUGAAGUGGUUGUUCUCAAGAAGGCAGUAAUGGGGGACACUGUAGAUGGUGGAGAGAUUCCCACUCUCGUCCAUUUUAACCCCACAUUGUUCAAAUCAGGGCUGUAUUUUUCUCCCCUUGGAGGACUUCUCUGUUUCUUUUUGGUAGCAGAGGUCCCCCAAAGUUUCCCUCACUAGGUAGGGUUUUUGGGAUAGAUUUCCCCAGACUAUUCCAGGUUUCAGUUUGUACCUCUUAAGGAACUUUUUUAUUGGACAUGUCUUUUUCUUGAAUUACUCUUCUUGUAUAUUCCACGGCAUUUUCCACAAACCAGCUUCCAGGCCUGGGAAAGAGCCCCUCUGAGAGGAGUUUAGUCCUUUUAAAGUACGUUGGUGAUGAAGAGUGGCUUCCCAGGUCUGGAGCUCCAGUGGCAGAGCAGGAUUUGAAAAUUGAAAGGCAUAACUCUUAUCGUUUCACCAGACUAUCACACAGAGGUUGCAGGCAGUCAGGCCCUGGCUACCUUAGUUGUUGGGCUGCACAAAGUUAUUUUAUUUUAUUUUCCCCGUCUUGCUAAUCCUCGAUUUCCUGCCGUAAAUUUGGAUGCAAAUUCAUGUAGAUGUGACUGAUUUCUUCAGUGAACAUCCAUACACACACACACACACACACGAUUUGUCUCUGUAGACCUAGGCUCUGGUGUCCUCUGGGCCACCCCAUCCCCUCAUCCAUGUUUAUAAGCUUGUUGCCCUGUUUGAGGUUUGAAGUUCUAUGGGCUCCAAAUCCAUCCACAGUCUCUGUCCUCUGACCCUGCUUUGAGGCAGGGGAUGAGAUCUCCGUUUGUAUUCUCUGUUUUAAGGUUAAUAUGAAAAAUAAAGCAUUUACAUUUGUUAGA